ACUUGGAGCCGGAACUUGGCAGACCGCGAUUUCAUCCACGCACCACUCCUCGAGUCCUCGCUUUUGUCUGCAAUCCCUUGUAAAGAAUGCUGCUAUAGUUCCAGCUCAAUCAUCUAUUCUCAAAAGGCUCCAUGGAAACUGUCCAUGACUAUGCCGAUCCAAAGCGCAAGAAGCGCGUUUCCUAUCAUCACAAACCCAGUGUUGGGAACUACCACUUUGGCCAAAUUCACCCGAUGAAGCCGCAUAGACUCGCCGUCACUCAUGCUCUUGUCAUGUCUUACGGCCUGCAUGAAAAGAUGGAUGUCUACUCGCCUCGACAGGCGACAAAGAGCGAGCUCGGUAUGUUUCAUACGCCCGAGUAUGUCGACUUUUUGUCUCGCGUCACACCCGAGAAUGCGUCCGAUCUGUCUGUUGAAGAGCGACGCGUUCACAAUAUCGCUUCUGACAACGGCAACAACGGUGACUGUCCUGCUUUUGCAGGAAUUUGGGAUUUCUGUGCAACUUACACUGGCAGCUCUCUCAGUGCUGCACGGUCGCUCUUGAACGAGUCGAGCGAUAUCGCCAUCAACUGGUCAGGCGGGCUACAUCAUGCUCAAAAGAAUGAAGCGAGCGGGUUUUGCUACGUCAAUGAUAUUGUCAUUGCGAUUCUCUACCUCUUGCGGUUACAUCCACGAGUGCUCUAUAUUGACAUUGACAUUCAUCAUGGAGAUGGUGUUCAGAAUGCGUUCUAUAGCACAGAUCGCGUUCUAACACUAUCCUUCCACAAAUUUGUUCCACAAACAUCAAGCGAAUACUUCUUUCCAGGCACAGGCAGUCUCAAUGAAACUGGCGAACGCAAGGGACAGCACUACAGUAUCAAUUUCCCGCUGCAAGACGGCAUCACGGACGAUGCGUACCUUGAGAUCUUCAAGCAAGUCACAAAUCUAUGCGUGGAGAGUUACAGACCAACAGCUAUUGUCCUGCAGUGUGGUGCCGAUUCCCUUGGCUCCGACAGGCUGGGCCGGUUCAGUCUGAGCAUUCAAGGACAUGCUGCGGCCGUCAAGCACAUCAAGUCCAUGGGAUUGCCUGUUCUUGUGCUGGGUGGCGGUGGCUAUACUCUUCGCAACGUCGCUCGCUGUUGGACGGCAGAGACGGCUGUCUUGUGCGACACGCAGCUUGAAGAGACGCUACCAGAGACGCCGUAUCAUGCCUUUUUUGGACCGGAUUAUUCAUUGUACCCCAAUCUGCGGACAAAGCUGGAAGACAUGAAUACGAAAAAGUAUCUCAAUGAUGUGGUUGCACGCAUCAAGGAGGAUUUGCGGUACUUGAAUCAUGCACCGAAUGUACUCAUGGAGUGGACACCGGAUAUGUUCGACAACGGCAUUGAUGAAGAUCGUAAAGAUGAAUUGGAUGAAGCCCUCAAAGACAGGCGGACAGUUGAGGCAGGAGCACAGGAACGGAGACGUGGUCUCGUCUGA